AUGUCUGACGAAGGCAACCGUCCUGCCGAUGUUGGCGAAUGCGCCAGCCGACCUGACGAAACGAAUUCGAGCAAAUCUUGCGCCAAUUGCAGCGAGCCGGGCCACGAGCUAGCAGAUUGUUCUCACAUGGGCUUCAGGGACUGCAAGCGUGGCGCCAUCGCUGGGUGUCCAAUGUGCAACACCAAGAGCCAUCAAUACAGCGACUGCGAGCAGUUGCCUGCCGGUGGGCAUGAGCGGCUACAACACCAUAUGGAAUGGCUCGUUCGACGCCGCCGGAAUCUGCCACCUAUAGCCGCCGAAGUCGACGUUUGGAUUCUUGUGCUGGGAUUUCCAGAUGACGGUUACGGAUAUCCGUGGUCCCGGUCGUUCACCAAAAGACUGGGAGACCGCCCGUAUGGGUCGUUGGGCCAAAAUAAAUUCGACAUGAAAGACUUUGCCGCAGGGCAUGGUUUUUUCGACGAGUCAACAAACUCCCUUGAUGAGAUCAAGCGCCGCAUCGAUUUCACUAUUCCCGACAAGCCCAGUGCCGAAUAUUCCAACACUAAUCUGCUGGGCCAAGCACAUAUCCCAGAUGGAGGACACUGGCGGAAUGAUCUAAAAGACAACGCCGAGUACACUCUGAGUUGGAACAGAAUCAAGAAUCAGCGGAGGGAAGAGAAACAUUGGGAGACGGACGUCAAGCUGAGGCUCCACUGGGUUAGGACUGUGUAUCCUGCGGUUUUCGCCAAGGAAAGUAGCGCAUGGGCUCGAACAUUCGGCGACUUCCUCCUCCAUGAAAAGCCCAAAGGACUGGACGAUGUGGCUUUUCUGAGGAAACUCAGAGACCAAGCAGCAAGCCGGGUAGCAGAUCAAUCCAAACCGCAACCCCAGGGAGAAGGAACCCCCAGCCAAGAAUCACAAACGAAGCGAGAAUCACCACCCAAGAGCGAGACACAUCUGACCGCCUCUCCAGAGCCUCGCGUCGAGGAACGACUGACAAAAUCUGCAACGACGCCCCUCAAAGUCCGCCAGGAAAUCUGGAUGGCGCUGUGCCCAGAUAGGCAGUGCGUUGGCGGAUUCCCCUUUGAGGUUCCCGUUCCUACGUGCGCUCAACUCAAGGCUCAUGUGAUUGACGACUUGGACGACGGUAACUCGAACAAGAACACGGGUCAAAAGCGGAUUCCCCUGGCAAACUACACACAUCCGCACGUCACCAUCGGUCUCUUUCAACGACAGCGACCCGACGGCGAGCCCGUUUACACGCUGGUGCUGGGUCUCACCGAGUCCGCGUUCACGCUGCGCUUCUCCCGGCUCGGACUGCUGCAAGCAUACGACAUGGUCAUCUGCUGGGCGUCCAAGGUCGACAAGGAUGGGGUCAGCUUCCCGCUGCGCGCCGCAUUCGACGGCUGCAACGCAGUCACGGAGAGCUUUGCGGCGGGUGCGGUGCGCAUCGGGGAGAUGGCUGAGCUGGAGAAGCAGAUUGAGAGGCUGGCGCCCCGGUGUUCGCGGUUCGACCAGGUGGUGGAGCGCGUCAAAGAGUGGAUGGAGCGGCGCAGGCACACGGCUCACUUUGCGUCCCGGGAGGACUGGAAUGGUGCGCUCCGCACGUGGUGGGAAGCCGAGCAUGAUGACCUGGGAGGUUUGGAUCGGGAGUCGCUGAAGGAGGCUUGUCAGCAGGCCCUGAAGGCCAAGCUGAAGGAAUGGAAGAAGGAAAAGAAGCGGGCCAUCAGAGAGCCCGACUCCGAUCUCGAGAUCAUCGAGUCUCCGCCCAGGAAGAAGGCCUGCGUUCGUUAA